CGACCGCGGCGGCGGCGGGGUGGGCGGCGGCGGGUCGCGGAGCUCGAGCUCCUCGUCCGUCAACAUCCCGCGCGACCUGCCGCAGAUCCGUACGAGCAGCCGCCGAGGCGACGACGCGCAGGAUGUGGAGGCCGAGUGGGAGCGACGCGCGACGGUGCUGGUGCAGCGGAACCCGCAGUUCGCGGCUGCGUGUCUGUCGCCGACGAGUGCGCCGUCGGGGUUCGGGAUGGGGAUGGAUGGGGCGGCGUCGCGGUCGCGGAGCUCGAGUCGGAGUCGGAUUAAUGACCCGGAUGGUGAUGUGAAUAUUCAAGAGGCGAUUCGACUACAUGAGGCUGGAGAUCUGGAACGAUCUACGAAGAUGUUCGGUCACUUGGCGGACCCGGACGGGCCCAACAAUGCCCUCAGUCAAGUGCUGUAUGGGCUUGCACUUCGACACGGCUGGGGAUGUGAGCCCGACCAGGACAAGGCAGUUAGCUAUCUGUCAGCGGCAGCGGCCAACUCGGCGUCGAUCGAGUCCGAGGCGCUCGAGGCCGGCAUCAAGAAGGGGGGCGCGGCCAAGGGCGAGCUGACGCUGGCGAUUUUCGAGCUGGCCAACUGCUUCCGCAACGGCUGGGGCGUGAAGAAGGAUCCGGUCGCGGCACGCCAGUACUACGAGACAGCCGCCAACCUCGGCGAUACGGACGCGAUGAACGAGGCUGCUUGGUGCUACCUCGAAGGGUUUGGAGGGAAAAAGGACAAGUUCGUGGCUGCGACGUACUAUCGAUUGGCGGAGGAGAAAGGAAGUAAAACCAUGGGCAAUUCUUGGAUCUGGAAGGACAAGUACAACCCGCGCUGAAUCUAGGAUGAGAUGAGGUACGACGUCAGUGGUCCGGUCGACUUGUGGUUACCUCAGUCUUGAUGAGGGUCUAGCCUGCCGGCUCGGCUAUUCAGGCAGGAUAGAGACUCCUGGUUGGGUGGUUAGGGAGCUGAAAAUGAUACCCCGCUCAUGAUAAGGCUGCGAUAGAUGCAGUAGACGCAGUAUGGCGAGAGUCGAGACCUACUGGUGCACUUCGGCUCAUGUGAAAGGAUAUAGACUCUAUUCCUGCUCGAGAUAUGGACAGCAAUGCUCAGCUGUUGACUUGACUUGAAGUUCCUUCGUUUUCAUGUCUUUAGGAUGUGUCAGUGCAGUGAAUGAAACCACUCCCAGUGUA